UCGAUCUUUUUAUGGAAUAUAAAUUGAAAAAUAAACAAUAAGAUCUACAGAAUUUGAGCCGAGGGAUUUACAAUAGAAAAAAAUUACUCAUCCCAAUAAGUUGAUUGGAGACAGAAUUUAAAAAUUUAUUGAUCUCGUCUAUAUAAACUCCUUAAUCCAUUAUUACCUGUAAGAAAAAUCUCGCAAAAAAUUUUGACAGACUUCCAAAUAGAGUUGACAAAUAACUUCUCAAAUUUGUAACAGAAAGUCAUUUUGUACUUAAUGUACUAGAUUUGCCUAUGAAACAUCAUGGUACGUAUCAUCGUAGAUUACACCUUAUUAAAAGCAUUUACCUCAUUAAUGAAGAAUUAUUGAGAGGAUUUUCGUGUUGAAAAUGUCCAUACUUAGUGUUAAAAAAUUAUUUCUCUAGAAAGAAAGGAAGUUAUUAGUGGGUCAACUGCAUUUUUAAGAUUCUAAAGUGCUUAGUAUCAUCUCGAAUUAAGUAUUCUUGUAUUGAGAUUGAAGCUAAAUAUUAAUUCGCAGAAUAGACUGCGCAGAACCGAUAGCCUCAUGGGAUGAGAUAAUUUUCAAUUAUUUUAAGAUAUAAGUUUAUGCAAAAAUUUGGGAAACCACCUACUUUGGAGAAGUUGAUCAUAAAAAUGUAAAACUAUAGAUCGUAUCUGGACUUUGCAAUACUAAAAAAAGUACUUUAUUAUAGCUGUUAUCUGAAAUCUGACUGAAAAAGACCAGGCCAGUUUUCAAAUGGAAUAUUUCAUGGGAUUACUUUAAUUGUGGAGCGGUAGUGGUUUCUUUAAUAUCUAUAAAUCUAAACUCAGUUCCAAAAAAUAUGUUCUUUGCAACUUCUAAGCUAUACUACGGAAGAGUCUGCACAUAAAAAUCCAUUUUCUAGAAUUGAUUCAUCUAUUGAUUAAAGACUGGAAAUGACAUUGGCUGAUUUUGUUUUAUAUAAUCUCUUUAUUGUGUUAUUACAUACUGUCAAACCCAACAACUAACCAUUAUUGAAUGUUACCGUUUAAAAUUUGAAAGGGAAGUUCUUUUCUUAGUUUCAAUGCAAAAAAUGUGCAUUUUUUGAAAUUAUGAAACGAAAAAAAAAUUCAUGCUGGCAUACUUGAAUUAUCUUGUCCGUAAGUCGGUAAGGUCGCUCUCUCCUAUGUAUUCUUUCCAGAUUGUUCGAAGUUUUCUUUGAAAUUGUCUCUUAAUUUAGCUUAUUAUCAAGAGAAAUGAGAGUAAUUACUAGUACUCGAUUAAUCAAUCGAUUCAGAAUGAUUCCAAUUUGCUCAUUCUGAUGGAAAUUCAUGCAUUGCGUCUGUAAAUAAUUGUGAGUGAGAAUAUUAAGUCAUUUUUCAAUGAGAAAUUAUUGACGUACCAGUAUGAUUUGUUGUUUUUUUCCCCCCAGAAUAAUCGGUCAUCAACAAAAUAAUUAUAUUAAUUGGACAAUUCCUUUCGUAGAAGUGAUUUACACCUGGCAAAAUGCCAAGACCAGCCAAAGUGACAAGGGAGGAGGCUGUGGCCGCUCUGGAAGUCGAAAUGGAACAUUUUAGAACCUCUUUAUUACCAAAAUACAGUAGUACCGUUUGGCAGAACCUGAGUAAGGCUCUGGGCGGAAAAUGGAGUGCUCAUGAUGUGUAUUGCAGUGUCUCACAAGACAGGAGAAAGAUUCUCACCCUGGCGCGUAAGAAUCAAGGAAUUCACCUUGACAAUAUUUCUCAAAACCCCAAAGAUGAGAAUUUGGAUUCAACGCUGGACGACUCUUUGGUCAAUGAAGACACUGAUGAUCCGUAUGAGUUUGAACAAAAAGCGCAGGGACUGGACACUUUCUAUUUGGAAAUUUUCAGGGAAGAAUGGGACGCGAUGGUGGGCUCGCCCAUUCAUUAUGGAGAUGGCAGGGUUUUAUCUGUAUUACACAGAGAAAAAUGGGCGGGCUUGCUCUCAAUAAUUAUUUUCCUCCGAACUCAUCUGCCCUGUGCUUAUAGCUUCAACAAUUCAAAAAUUUAUAAUUCUCCAGACAGUUUCCACUAUUGCCGAAUCACUGGACAUUGUAAGAGUAAACGAUGUGGGAACCAACUGUUUUGUUAUCUGGAUAAACCCCCUCCUGACGACGCUGAAAAGUUCACAAUGACGAUGAGGACGAGAGACACCUUUUAUGACGAUCACGAGGUAGUAAAACGAGAUCUAAGAGGAUAUUUGCGGCAGCAAGUAGGGGAGAAAGUUUAUUACAUAGGAGCGGGAAAUUUCCAAAAGGAGGAAGCACUGAAGGACACAAAGUUUGGUGGCCGAGUGGGACCGAAUGUUCCACAAAUGUCUGUGCUACGAAAGACUAAAAACGAUUUUAUCAGCCGCAAAUGGGACCUCAAACCUGGCGAUGGAAAAGAUGUUGUUACUACUAUAGAAGUGAUGCGUUACACUGACCCAUACAACAAAUUCAUACACGAGGUCAGGCGUGACAAGUUUUACGUUUCCUUCAGUGCUUUUAAUCAGAUGAUAGCGUAUAAACAGUAUUGCCGAUUGAACAAGGAUGAUUCGAUAAUUGGGAUAGAUGGUUCUGGUAGUUUAAUAAAGAAAUUCCGACGACUUGAUGGAACCAAAACCGGACACAUUUUCCUGUACUCUGUCACAAUUAACCAAAAUGGACGAACCAUUGCAGUGCAUGAAGCCUUAACUGAGAGCCAAGAGACCAAUAUUCUCGCUUGGUGGCUCGCACACUGGUUGAGGAUGGGUGCACCUAUUCCUGGGCAAAUAUCCUCCGAUAGAUCUCGUGCUUUGAUGAAUGGGAUUUCACAAGCUUUCAAUAAUAUGACAGUAAAAGUGUACGUUGAAGUCUUAUUUGCACGAGCUCUAAACGGUGGUAACCGUAGCUAUUACCCACCUGUUUACACUUAUCUGCGAAAUGAUGUCGCUCACCUCAUAAUUGCUGUUGCUAAAUGGAACGUAUUUAAAAAAAUCCCCUUCAGCACUGUCAGACAGUUCUACCUGUAUUCCUUAGGUCUCCUGAUUGAAUCCCAGAAUCUGGAGCAAUUUCGGGAAUUCUUCUUAUUAAUUCUCACAAUUGGAUUGCAUAAAUCAGAUGAUGACAUUAUCAGAGCAAUUGAAGGUGGUACUGUUGCUGACUGCAGGAAUAAAUUGGAGGGAUACAUUGCCAGUCGUAACUUCCCUUUUAAGGGUCAAGGUAUAGAGGAAUGUGCGGCUGCUAGUGAGAUAAAAGAAGAAGUCGAGGAACCAAGUUUGAAUCAAGAGAGUCCUAUUAAGAAUUGGAUCGAUAAUCUUCGUAUAAUGGCAGAACAUCCGAGAGAAAAAUGUGAGAUAGAGUCUGGCACAUUAAAUGUUUAUUAUGCGAAUGAUUUCAUGAAUCGUCUGGUUGAACUUGUUUAUGAGUUUCCUCUAUGGUCAGCAGCUGUGAUACCUCGAAAAGUGAAUCGAUCAUCAACAGCGUUCACAGAGGGUUUUUUUAAUGACUUGAAGCGUCGAGUUUUCAAAAAUCAGGGAGCUGUGACACGUGCUGAUCUCUUUCUCAAAAGGAUGUUCACAAAUAACUGUGGCGGGGCUGAGCUUUUUUCGACAGACAUGAAAAGCACUAGAGGGAAACCGAUAAACCAACCUGGAGCAAAGCAUGGAGACAUUUCUGCCUCUAACAGCAGCAGGAAUCGUACAACAUUGCCAUCAAGAUUAUCAAAAAAUGGAUUCAGUGAUGGCGACCACUCUGAGGAGGAGAGUAGCGAUAAAGAGAAUGUACAGCCAGUCCAAAAACCAAUUAAGGAAAAAAACUUAUCUGACGGAAACGAAAACAAUUCUUCUGGACUAGUCCCAAGCCAUUCUUCCUCGUUAGAUUCAUCGGAUGAUGGUGAUAGUGAUUCUGUCCCAUCAAAAAGAACCGAUCGAGACUUUAUUUUUUCAGAAAAAGAAUUUGUUUCUCAAAGUUCUAAGGAGAAAAUGAAAAGAAAGUAUUGCGAAGAACAAAGGAAAAUUCCUGAACAUUCUAGAGAUAAAAUAAAGAGCCCUGAAAGAGCAGUGAAAAGGGCUAGAAAGAUUGCUCGCGUUGAGGAAACACAUGAAACAAGAGGUACUGUUAUUCAUGAUGAGCGGAAAAAACCCCUGAAGAAAAAUGGAGGAAAAUAUUUCCAGGCGAGACCAGAUAUUCUGCACCGCAAUGGAUUGGCUUGUAAUAUUCAUAAAUCCGGGUUAAUAAUUAAUGGCAAUGUAAAGAAAGGCAAGGUAUCUAUCUCAGGUAAAACGUAUUUCUCAUCUAACACUUGUGGAUUUGAUUCGAUUGUGCAGAUCGUGGGUGCUGCAAUGAUGAAUAAUGAGGGAUUAAAAGACUACGCUAUCGAAUCAACAAAUAAAACUCUUCAGUUCAUCUUGGAAUUUUUGAAAAACGGAUCUCAAGCCAAAAUUUAUGUACAAAGGACGAAACUUCUACAGUUACUAUUCCCGGAAAGAGUAAAACUGCAUUAUCCGGAAUCUAACAUUUUGGCGUCCAAUGAAAUUGAUAUGUUCGAUCACGUCGUAAAUAUCUGGCAAGGCUGUUUUGGAUCAGAACCAGCUCUCACGUGUUUCCACAGCUGUUCUCAAUGCGGGUCACACGAGAUUCACAAAUCCACUCUCACUGUUGAUAGCGACCUGGUUGAUAAUAAUCCAAAAAACAGCUAUCGUAAUCUUCAAGAGGCUCUGCAGUUUCAUUUCGUUUCUCAACUGGCUACUUGUACAAGAGUAAAUAACAGAAAUAAAUACUGCAAUGGAAACGUUUUGGUGAACCCUAAAGCCCUCGGUAAUAUGAUAUUCAUAGAGUUGGAUGUACCUAGCACGAGGGAUGGUAGUGUCUUGGAUUGCCAGUUAGCAGUGAUGCCAAAAUGUUUGGAAUUAAUGGAUGAUAAAUUUCAACUUGCUGGUAUUAUCUCAUCGAGUCCAGGUCAUCACACAAGUUAUUGCUGGCGACCCAACGAUACAUGGGAGUUUUGUGACGAUCGAGCAUCAGGUGUAGCCUCUGCUAAUCAGAAAACCAAGGUGAAGGCAAGUGCAGUAAUCUAUGUUAAAAUUUUUCCCAGAGGGGUGGGUGACAAUUCAGAGCUAAAUGCAUCAGCAACUCCUCCCAGGACUCCUAUCAUUUCUCCUACACCUUCGCCUCCUUCUCCGAAAACUAUUCUUAGCCCAUUGAAUAAAAUCAACUACAGCCACACUCGCUUAUCUCCAACGACCAAAAAUCAAAAUGCUGAUGAUUAUCGAAAGAAACAGAGAGACUCAGACACCUUCUCGAGAGACAACUGGCGUAAUAAAGGCGAUCCAGAUAUUUACUGGGGUAACGAGACUAACGACGAGUCGGUGCAUCUCAAAAGUUUCCGGGAAGUCACUGUGAACACUGUAGGCAGCAAUGACACUUUUCCUUCAUUCAUCAAUCCAUUUCUGUCUGCUGGAGAAGUAAUGCCUGAUGUUCAAAUUAAUGGGCAGUGCUUCCACUUGAUCAAUACUACUAUCUUGGACUCGAUAAUCCAUAUUUUACUAUACACAGCAAUAGAUGAUAAAAAUUAUUUGGAAUCUAUUGAAAGUUCCUCGGAGAAAUUGCUAAGUUUCAUUGUCUCCCUGAAAGAUCGAGAGUUUAAUGAAACUAUGUAUGCAGAUAAGGCGGCUUUAUUGAGUGAUUUAUUCGCUAUGAAGACACGAAGAGAACCAGACAGCAACAUUAUCGUGCUUGAUCUAGAUGAUUCAGUCAGUAAUUUGUGGCAGUUGUCUUUACCAAAUGCUCCUAGUUUGUAUAAAACAUUUGAAUGUCAACACUGUGGUCCUUACGCCGUACCUAUCUCUACAAUAAAUAUUGACAGCCAGCUAAUCUAUCGACAGAACUUCACUGUCUUGCAGCAGGCACUCGAAUUCCACCCAAUGUUACAGAAAGUCCCCUGUGUAAUGGAAGGUUGCAAGAGAGUGUGUUUGAUCAAUUGUCACGCUAAUUUUCAUGUUUUUAUCAAUUUGGAAAUUAAAAUGAGAGGACGAUCCCAGAAAACAAUUCACUGCAAGCUGAGCGAGAUACCAACAUCUUUAACUCUUGAUAUGAAAUACAGGCUGGCUGGAAUUAUUGCUUAUUCACAGGAAGGAUUUGUUGCUUAUUGUUACCGACUUAAUGAUUCGACUGCCUGGUGGGAGUUAUACUCAAGUCAUCUGGGAAAAAUUAAAUCUCCUGAUCGUUGUGAUAUAAUUGAGCCGCAUGGAGCUAUCUAUGUUGUAGAGAAAAAGUCUCAUUAAAGUCCAGAGUUCGAAGGAGAGCGUUAAGUGAUUGUCUGAAUAUGGAGGAAAAGAGACUGAUGAUUCCAAAAGGACAAGAUCAUCCAGCACUCAUCUAUCGUAUUUUCUAACACAUGAACCAAAUUAAUGGGGCAUAAGUUUGUUAUCGAGUGUCUGGUUGGGGAAUAAUUUGUUUCUAGUCUGCAAAUAUUGAUGAUGUUUUUUCAACAAACUAAAUUCAAUAGACUAAUGUUGAGUUUUGUUGAUAAUUGUUAUGCAAUUUUAUGAAGUUCCCAAUUAUAAUAGUACGAAUAAUAAUAAUGUAGAUGAGCCAAAAAUGGCCAAAAAAAUGUAUUUCAUCUGUUUUCUAUACGAAAGUUCAUUUAUCUAUUGUGAUUUGACAAAAUAAAAAAAAAAAUUGCACUUUUUCGAUAAAAAAACCCGUUCUUAAAAGUUUUAUGGUUCAUUUCACAAUUUCUUCCUCGGAAACGAUAACACAAAAUUCUAAAAUGUUCUGUUAAAUAAUUGGGCAUAACUUUAAGGGAAAAGAUGCAGAGUCGUUGAUUUUUUUUGGAAGU